CAAGACCAGAACCAACCAUGGUCAGCGCCAAUAGACUUGCUCAAUUGGCAAAGAAGUGGCAGAGGAUGGCGGCACUUGGGAGGAAGAGGGUCACAGCGACAACCAAAGAAGAUGAAGAAUCAUGUUCCUCAGUAGCGGUCAAGGGCCACUGCAUCAUGUACACGGCUGACGGGAGGCGUUUCGAGGUGCCAUUGGUGUACCUCAGCACAACUGUGUUUAGCGAGCUCCUGAGGAUGUCCCAGGAGGAGUUUGGCUUCGCAAGUGAUGGCAAGAUCACACUGCCUUGUGAUGCCACAGUGAUGGACUAUGCCAUGUGUUUGCUCGGCAGAAAUGCAUCUGCUGAAGUCGAGAAGGCCUUGCUGAGCUCAAUGGUGACAUCUUGCCACUACGGUGUUUCUGUGAUGCCAACUGCUGGAGCCAGACAGCAAAUUUGCUGUUAGUAAACCCUGAAAAACACACAGAGACCAUGUUGUAUUCUGUUGU